AUGUGUUACAUCAAAGAAGCCAGGAAGAGUGACGAACAUUCUCCUAAAUCAGAAUUUAAUCUCCGCAGUUUGGACACAGCUCCCAUUAAUGCAGAACCCCUUAGCGACAAAAAGAAGGUUAAAGAAGCCUAUUCAUCAGACAAGAAGGAGAAAGGGCGAAUAGGUACUUUAAAUAAAGAAGAGGAAGAUCCGGGAGCAGCUAGUUCAGAGGAGCAAAAGGAGACAUUGCCGUGUGCACAGACGCUUCAUUUCCUCCAGAGGAACAUCGUCAUCGCGUCUGCCUCGGUGGCUGGCGUCCUCGUGGUCAUGGUGGCGCUGCUGUUUCUGUUGGCCAACUGUGGCAGGUGCAAGUGGGCACGAGCGCCUCCAGCAGACAUGACAUAUAAUAUUUUUGUAAUGAAUGGAAAGACUUGGUGGCAAAAGUUUCAAGAACAUGCAAAGCCCAGAAAAAGUGCGGAAAAGCAGGAACAAUUGAGUUGUGAUUCCUAUAUCUAAUCCAGGUCAUGGGACCACUCAAAUCAAGACGUCAGACUGUGAUGUGAGGAUAUCCUGAAUCCAGACACCAUGAGGACACAACUGGGUUUCUGCCUGUGGGGUGUAUCCUACAAAAAUGUUUACCUUCUUGUCCCAGUCGUGAUGGACCACGGAAAGUGUUUCACCACGGGACGCUUAUGGCUACAUGGCUCUUACGCCUGUGCAGGAGACCCAGUACAUUUCCCCAAAGACAAACCCGAGGA